CUGCGCAUUGCACUGGCACACUACAUUCCCUCGUUUCUUCGUUGGUUUUCUCGCAGCCAAACGUAUACAAGGAGGCAGGUAGAUUAGUUUUUUGUAAGUUUAGGAUCAUAUUACGAAAAAACAGACUGGUUUUAAUCGUGUUUUCUUCGGUGGAGGAAAAAAAUCUGGAGGUGAAUCUGUAAAACGUUUCUUGCUCAGUAGAUGCUAUUUUUUUCAUGAUGGCAACCGAAGACAAGAAACCAGAGACUGACACAAAACCUCCAGUUGUGCAGUCAGCAUCUGCAAGCCAAAGCAAGUCUGCGCCUGCAAAGCCAAACUACAGCCUGAAGUUCACGUUAGCAGGACACACCAAAGCCGUGUCUUCUGUCAAAUUCAGUCCAAGUGGAGAAUGGCUCGCCAGCUCAUCUGCUGAUAAACUCAUCAAGAUCUGGGGAGCGUAUGAUGGCAAGUUUGAGAAAACCAUAUCUGGACACAAACUUGGCAUCUCUGAUGUGGCCUGGUCCUCUGAUUCCAACCUGCUGGUGUCUGCAUCAGACGACAAAACCCUGAAAAUCUGGGAUGUCAACUCGGGAAAGUGCUUGAAAACCCUGAAGGGUCACAGCAACUACGUCUUCUGCUGCAACUUCAACCCGCAGUCCAACCUCAUCGUGUCGGGAUCGUUCGAUGAAAGUGUGAGGAUUUGGGACGUAAAGACUGGGAAGUGUCUGAAAACUUUGCCAGCUCAUUCUGACCCCGUCUCUGCCGUUCACUUCAACCGAGACGGCUCUCUGAUUGUGUCAAGCAGCUACGACGGCCUCUGUCGAAUCUGGGACACGGCAUCAGGCCAGUGUUUAAAGACCCUCAUCGAUGAUGACAACCCUCCUGUGUCUUUUGUGAAGUUUUCCCCCAAUGGGAAAUACAUUCUGGCUGCUACACUCGACAACACACUGAAGCUGUGGGACUACAGCAAAGGAAAGUGUUUGAAAACGUACACGGGCCACAAGAAUGAGAAGUACUGCAUAUUCGCCAACUUCUCUGUCACUGGGGGGAAGUGGAUCGUAUCGGGCUCGGAGGACAACAUGGUUUACAUCUGGAACCUGCAGACAAAAGAGAUCGUGCAGAAACUUCAGGGCCACACAGAUGUGGUCAUUUCCACUGCCUGCCACCCAACAGAGAACAUCAUCGCAUCAGCCGCUUUAGAAAACGACAAAACCAUCAAGCUAUGGAAAAGCGACUGCUAAAGCCCUCCCCAAUAACCUGGAUUCCUUUUAUUCAAUUUGUUCUUUUCCCACAUUUUAUUGGAAGAUGAGGACGUUUUUGUACUGGUGCCGUCGACGGAUGCAGAGAGUUUUUAAGUUGAUGAUAUCUGACGCCUUUUUUCUUUAACAAGCGUCAUCCUCUCACCUCCUCUGAUGCCUCAUCUAAUUAAAAAAGAAAGAAAGAAGAAAAAAAAAAGGGUGAUGUUUUCUAAAGCAACACUCUGUCCUUCUAUGUUUUUGAUAUCAAUCUCUUCUCCAUAACAGCUUCUGUACAAUAAAUGUAAUAGUUAUUGGGCCUUUAUUUCUGUUUGUACCUUUGUGUAUCUGUGCACUACCAUCUGAGCAAACCGGUGACAUUUCCAUCAAGCUUCAGGUGUAAUAAAAAAAAAAAUAAGGUACUCAAAGACUCCUUUAUGUAUUUAUUCAAAGGCAGCAAUAUAGUUUGUUUUUCUUUCCUCUCUUCAAAUGUCAGGAUUUUUUUCCAGGCAUUUCUGCAGGAAGUGACUGGACUUUAAUUUGGGGAAUUUACAAGCAAUUAAGGCAUUGAAAUGUCAAAAGUAAAAAAGGAAAAACCGUUUCAAAGCAUUCUUUUGUGUGUGGCCAUCCAGUUGUAUUCAAACACUUGUACAUAUUGCACUGCAAAGUGUUUUCAUGAACUCUGCUUGAUGAAGUCGUGCUCACAAGGCAGCAGCCUCUGUUUGCAUUCGCCUGCUUUCACCUAAUAAAACCAGUUUUUGUAUGUUUC